AGACCGGAGGCCCCGGCAGCGUCGCUGAGGAGAGGCGGUGAAUUGUGUCCCCCCCCCCCCCCUCCCUGAGGCCCAGGAGCCGUGACUCAGGCUCGAUGUGCUGCCGGGGUAGCGAGCGGGACCUGCAGAGCUCGGCCCGGCGGAUGGGCGCCUCCCUCCUGCUGCAGCUCUCGGCCCACGAGCGGGAACUGGACCUGGUCUUUCUGGAUCACAGCUACGCCAAACCCUGGAGCGCCCACCCGGAGGCCAGCAGCUCCAGGCCGGCCCGGCUUCUCUUCGUUACACCCAGGAGGCACCAGGACAGCAGUAGUGAUUGUGACGUGACUGUAGAUGUGGAAACAGUGGUUCCAACCCCAACACCCUUGUAUGAUAACCAGAAGGCUCGGAGUGUGAUGAACGAGUGUGAGCGCCAUGUCAUCUUUGCAAGAACAGACACAGAUGCUCCUCUGCCGCCUGAUGAUUGGGAGGAUCACAUUAACAGGUUAGGAUGGACUGCUGCUCAGAACAAACUGUUCAACAAGAUUGUGAAGGCGUUGCAUUCGGACCGGUUGGCGAGACUGGCAAACGAGGGGGCCAGCAAUGAGCCGGUGCUGCGGAGGAUAGCGGUGGACAAGUGUGCUCGGCGCAUUCGACAGGCCCUUGCCAGUGUGAACUGGGACACCAAGUUAACGCAAUGGCUGCACACGACUCUGGUGGAAACCCUCAGCCUGCCGAUGCUGGCAGCCUACUUAGACGUGCUCCAGACCCUGAAAUGCAAGGUCCCAACGCUGAUUGAUAAAAUGAUCAUCUCUUCUACCACAAAGUCAGGAGCUGCUGGAGCUGAAGCCUUGUCCUUGCUGUUGAAACGACCCUGGGAUCCUGCAGUGGGCGUGCUUUCUCACAACAAACCUAGCAAGAUUCCAGGUUCUCCAUUGCUGCUUGUCACUCCCAGUGGACCUAUGAAUAACAUGACAUCUGCAUCACGCAGAAAUCGUUUCUGGUUAUCGCAGCUGUCCUGUUUGGGAAAGGUUAUCCCAGUCACCAUGCAUAUUGUAACUGGAGGUUCAGGAGUGAGUGUGGUGCAGUGUCUAGAGCACAUGAUUGGAGCGAUUCGAGCAAAGAUCCUUGAGCUGCAGACCCACUUUGCGAGCAGACCAAUUGUGCUGAUUGGUUGGAAUGUCGGAGCCCUCGUAGCUUGCCAUGUCUCGAUGAUGGAGUUUGUCUCAGCUGUUGUCUGUCUCGGAUUUCCUCUACUCACUGUUGAAGGACCAAGAGGAGAUGUUGAUGACCCGUUGCUGGACAUGAAGACCCCUGUCUUAUUUGUGAUCGGGCAGAACUCUGUGCAGUGCAACGCUGACACCAUUGAGGAUUUCCGGGAGAAACUUCGUGCUGAAAACAGUAUGGUGAUAAUUGGAGGCGCAGACGACAAUCUGAGGAUCAGCAAAGCAAAGAAGAAGGUGGAGGGUCUCACGCAGAGCAUGGUGGACAGGUGUAUCCAGGAUGAAAUUGGCGAUUUCCUUACUGGUGUCCUGACCAAGACUGAAUCACACUCAGGGGCUGAGGCCAAAGAUGUGGAUGCGGAGAAGAAGAAGAGGUGCCGGGAUGCUCGCAGGGACUUGGCCUUUGAGCUGCCGGAACGAAGUAGCCGCCCCACUUCUCCGUUCAGCCGAGUGCCGGCUUCUCCCUCUGGUUCUGAGGGCACAUCCAGUGUGUCAAGCAGCCCUAAUUCCAGCCCGAAGACCAAGAGUUCAACCUUGUCACCCGCCCAGAAGGCCAGCCUGAUCACAGCCACUGCCACUGCUGCCAGCCAGUCGCCCAGCCUCUCCGCUCAGUUCACCCACAUUCUCAAACAGCACAUGCAGAGGACUGGCACGGUGCUGACCCAGAAACAAGCUCAAGCUCAGUUUGCUGCUUUUCUGAAACAAAACAUGCUGGUGAGGAAGAAUUUGAAUCCAGCCAGCUCAUCCUGUGUCUUUGUUCCACUGUCCUCGGAGCAGCAAGAGCUGGUGGAGAAGGAGGACAUGAAGAAUCAGCUGAAAAGACGGCAAACAUCCAGCCCAACUCAAGUGGUCUCCAAGCCUGCAAAAAGAGCCAAGAUCAAAGUAACCAUUCUCUCCCAAGGAGAGACGUCAGCUGCUACCAUGCCUUACACAGGUGCCAAGGAGGGUGGGGCAGGGAAAUCCUUAACGUUGUCAGUGAGUCAACCAGGAUCUGGCAGCAAGGAACUGACUGGAUCUCUAACAGGUCAAAGAUCAGUCUCUGUGGACACAUUCGCCAGUUGCCCAAGUCCAGUAACCUCACCUGCUCCAGCCAUGAGCACAACAGCCAGUGCCUUCCAUACCAUUCAGGCCAGACUGGUCGCUGCGCCGGGCUCCAGCACUUCACAGCAACCUCAUUCUGCUCCUAUCACAACUUCAGGGACUCCAUCUGCCAGUAGCCUGCUCCAGGGACUGAGCUUUAGUCUGCAAGAGAUUGGAACGAAGGCCUCCAGCCUAACAUCUGCCAGCCCAGGCCAGACCCCAAAUGUGAAGAGUUCAGCCUCCACGCUGGGCCACGUCAGCAUGGCAGCAAAUCCUGUUGUCCGCACAGUCAGUGCAUCGCCUGCACCGGGGUUCCUGGGCGGUAACGGGAGCAGCAAAUCCACCGCCAUCCACCAACUGCUGACCAACGGAGGACUGUCCAAACUGACGAGUAGCUUGUCCACUGCAAGUUCUCCAGGUGCGAAGCCUCCAACCACUAUCACUGUGACUCUGAGGACCCAGGGCAGCCGAGUGCCCACCCUGAGCCAACCUAGUACUGUCAGUGCUAUGCCCAGCUUAUGUAGCACGGUGGGUAGCCUGGGUCUUAACCUUGAGGAGAUGGAUCAAGAGGUCAAAGUGCAGGCAGCCCAGAGUCAGCAGUGCUGUGAUUCUCUACUGUCAGUCUUGAGCUCCCAAGGCAACACCACAGUCAAACAGACCAAUGCACCAGGAGACAUCAGCAAAGGUCAAUCCCCUGUGGAACUACCUUCCGGAGAAAAGGUUCCAACUCCUCAGUCUUCAUCAACAGUUGUAGUUACUACAAGUCCAACAAAAACCCUUUACGUGAUGUCUGAUGCGAAGAUGUCAGCUCUCACAAAGUCUAUAGUCAGUCCACUCGAAGCCUCCACUCCUAAGUUGCUAGGAACCCCGUCCUCAAACACAGCUGGUCCUGUACUGGCUCCUACUAUCACCAGCUCUACCUGCACCGUGAUGCUUUCCAAAGUGGGGCCUGUUCUUCAGAGCUCUUCAAAGACAGUGAUUCUCACCACUAAGAGUGAAGUACAACCUGCCGGAGCAGGGGAAAGAUUUGGCCUUGCCUCACCCCUUUCCAAAACCCCAGGCACAAGGCCCAGCAGCAGUGAGACCCUGGGAAAGAUGCCCUCUGUGAUGGACCAAGGCAGCACCAUAAUCCACACCACAGAGAUUCCCCACCCCACAGGUACACCAUCACCUAGUGCACAGCAAGGACCCUUGACCUAAAGUAACCCACCCUUCCUUGCCCUCCCACUGCUACUAGUUCAAUCCAAACGGCAAAUAACCCCUCUAUGAGGGUAUUCAUUGCUCAAUUUGAGGCACUGGGAAAUUUGUACAGUGCCAUUUUGGUGUGGUUGUUUACUUUUGUAAUGUUUUGAUUCUUGUAAAUGCUCCUUGUAUUCUAUUAUUGUCUUGCUUUUGAGGUGUUUACUCCACUUUUUUCUUCUCUUUGCUUCAUGGCCUAGAAGUCAGAUUUCCCCCUCCAGUAUUGUUGUGGGGGGAGAGGGGUGCAAAGACAGAAUCUAUGUUGAACCCAGGCCAAUUGAAGCAGCAUCUCUUACAACUGGCUAACCAGUCACAGACCCUAAGCUAUAGCAUUCUUCAGAAAAACCCUUUGAAAAUUGUGACUUACAAUAAAGUCCAGGAAACAACA